CAGCUGGAACAGCAAUAGGGCGAAUUCAUUCGAUAUUACUCAUACACUCUACUACUGGCCGUCUAGCUUGCUCGACCACGGAUUCACUCCCUCCCCGAUCUUUUUCUUCUGCUUCGUUCGCCUCUUGAGCUACUUCUUUACAUCCUCGUUGCUUCCCGGAUUCUUUUCCUGCGCAAAACAUUGGAGCAUGCGUUGAGGUCCGGUUGUGCCAAAUUGAAUUGAUCUCGAUCUCCUGUGCUUUACUUGUGCUUGUGCUUGUCUCCCGACCCCGCCGCCAGGACGGAUCCAUGCAGACCAUGCCGCCGCGAGCCUCGCUGACCAGCUCCUUCUCUGUCACCGACGUCAAUAAUGAAGUGGUCUGUCCUUUGAAGAAUAACGAUGGCUCCAAUUGUCGGAAACGAUGCCUGGGGGAGAAGCGCUAUCGCUCCAUGCAGGAGCACAUCCGGCGUGCCCACCCCAAUCACUACAUCCCGAAGCUCCCGGCGACCGAGGAUAGCUUCAUUUUGAUGGUGACCACGCCUCCCGACCAGCGGGCCCAUCUUUCUCCUCCCAAUCAGGCCCCCUCUCGGCGCCGCAAUGAAGUCGCCGACCGGGACAUCUACGUCGCUGACGCUAGCUCUCCGGCCACCCCGCGGGGCAUGGACGAGACUCACCCCGCCGCAGCAACCGCCGCCGUCGCAUUGGCGCAAUUACACCACAACCGUCUCGCUUCUGACUGGGAUACAGACAUGGAAACACACUCGGACAAUGACCAGGAUCGCCUGCGGUCGAUUGAACUGCCGUCCCUCAGGGAUCAUUUCAAGCAAGAACCCUUGCCUUCGUUCUCAUCCACUCGCCCUCGAGAGCUUCUCCCAUCGAUCUUGACGCACUCGCCGCCCGGUCGCUCUUCAACCCUGCCGCCUAUCCAGCACCGAGACAAGCUUCCCCGUCCUCGCAAGUCGUCCAUCUCUAAAGCCAGAAAACCGAAGCAUGACCGGACUAGAUCCAAGGAAUACGCGCGACGCCCAAGUCUAGGCGAUCGCAAGGCGCUGUCUGCCGAGCCCCAGACUGCGGCGUGGGCUCAAGGCAAGCGCUGGGAGGAUUUGAUCGAGGCCGCUACCUCGGCCACGGAAGCGGAUGACGACCAUACCUCGGAGGUUGGUCGCUCACCUACGAUGCCCCCGUUGAUUUCCCACAUCACCUCGGCUCCUUCGGUCGGCAAGAACCGAUCGUCGCUACCACCAGCAUUUCAACCCUCGCCAGGACUGCCGCCGCCCACCUCCCAUCGGCCAUUCCCCCCUCACUCUUAUGCGGCGUCGCCAUUGCACAAGUCUUUGACCCCGCCACCGUUUGACACGGCACGCAGUCGCGACAGUGAUCUGGAACCUUUCCCAUCGAUUGAGUCUUCGCUAGACUCGGCGUCCUCGGCGUCCGGAAAGACGUAUGCGUUCAGUCACCUCGGUUCUUCCAACAACGAGUCCAGUCCGGUGUUGAACAUGUAUCCUUCUUCGGCAUCCCAGCGCCAGCAUCAUCGGUUUUCGAACCCGACUCCCGCAUCGUAUCGCAGCAAAGAGAUCCACAUUUACUGCGCGAGUUGCAAGCGGGCGUGGGCGCUGAACGAAUGCUAUGCCUGCACAGAGUGUAUUUGCGGCGUGUGCCGCGAGUGCGUAGGGUUGUUCAUUGGCAGUCCGCCCACAUCGUUUAGAAAUGUGACGUCGAGUCCGGGCAGCGCCAUGUCGCAUGGUCCGACCAGUUACCCCAGCCCCCGCGGCUGCCCUCGGUGCCGCACUGUCGGGGGCAAGUGGAAGGCGUUCCAACUUGAUUUUAGGUGAUGUCUAUGAUGUCUGUGGGAGGCGCCUCGAGGCGCCUUGACCUUAUGUUUUACGGAAGUUAUGAUUAAUGGCUGAGGGCACGGCACUCCAUGGAGCAAUGACAUGCCGGCCAAGUAUGAGUAUAUGAUGUCGCGUCCGACAGUCUCGGACGAGUGAUG